CGGCGGGGCAACGCGCUGCGGGGCUGCCCCUCACCCCGGCGCCGCGGAGCGAAGCGGAGAUGCCUUUUGAUUGCAAGACUGCUGAAAUGUUAUGAGGGCUGCCUCUCCUUUCCUAACCAUGAACAGUUCGAAAUCACCAGGGCUGGCUGGAUUUGGAAUCUUAAAAAACACAACCUGCCACACAGAGAAGAAGAUUUCAGUUUUCUUUUCAAUAAUCUUCAUGACAGUGGGAAUUUUGUCCAACAGCCUUGCAAUAGCAAUUCUCAUGAAGGCAUAUCAACGAUUUAGACAGAAAUCAAAAGCCUCCUUUUUGCUUCUUGCCAGUGGUUUGGUCGUCACGGAUCUUUUUGGCCACCUCAUCAAUGGAGCCAUUGCAGUGUUUGUGUAUGCAUCGGAUAAAGACUGGAUUUGGUUUAACCAAUCCAACAUUCUUUGCAGUGUUUUUGGCAUCUGCAUGGUUUUCUUUGGUUUGUGUCCUCUCUUCCUGGGCAGUGUAAUGGCUGUUGAACGGUGCAUUGGAGUCACUAAGCCAAUAUUUCACUCUACAAAAAUGACUUCUAAACAUGUGAAAAUGAUGUUGACUAUGGUGACAAUGGCCAGAAUUGGGAUAAAUGAGAGUCAUUCAAAGGAGACCUGUGAAACAAUACUUUUUGCUCUCCGAAUGGCAACGUGGAAUCAGAUUUUAGACCCCUGGGUGUACAUUCUUCUCCGGAAAGCCGUACUUAGAAACCUGUACAAGAUCACAAGGGGAUGUUGUGGCUCGCAGAUCAUAAACUUACACAUGUGGGAACUCAGCUCCAUCAAGAAUUCCUUGAAGGUUGCAGCAAUAUCUGAGUCACCAGUAAGUUCCAAGCAGAUAAACUUACAGCCACUCAGCUCUAUGGGGCUCUAAAGUCAAACACAGUGUAUGGAGAGAUGAUGGAGGCAACGCUCAUACAUGGGCAAUACCUUAAAAUGAAAUCCAAGGCUCAGUGGUUUAGCAUUUGUUUCAAAAUGUGAGUGGUUUGCUCUUGUUGCUUACUGGUUUGAUAUUACUACUCCAAAAGAUGCACUUGAAUGUUUUAAUUUCCUUUAGAAUAUAUCCCCUCCAAAACUGGUACCAGAAUCAUAAAUAAGCCUGUAUUUCUUCCUUACAGGUACUAAAGUAAACAGGGUUCCUUACGAUCCCUCCAAAUCCUUUACCUCAGUCAACUUCUUAAGAACACGUGGAAAUGCAGAAGUGAUCUCCAAAUUGAUUUUUAAAGGGGUAGAUUUUAUCUCUCAGUGAUACUCCCAAAUCCUUUGCAGAGUCAUAGCUUCUUAAAGUCAAGUCCACCAUCCUUUUCAUAAGGUUAUUAUUUGCUUCUAGGCAUUGCAUUUUCCAAUUGGAUGUAUAAAAGACAUUUUGCUUGUGUC